AUGCAGGCUGCAGCUGCCUUUGAGCGGAAAGGAAGCAAGCCGCGUUGCCCGCCGGCACUGCCGCGGCCGUCACUUAAGGCUGCGAUGCGGAAAAUCACCUGGGGGGAGGGGACUUCUCGUGUCAAGAGCAAGCGCAGGUAUGAAAUGCAAAGAUUGCCCCCGCUAAAAGUGGACAAGUCCGCUUUAGAGAUCACCAUUCUCACUGACACUCUUGUGAGAAGCCCGUGGAAACGGGGUGAAGGACUGAUCUCCUCGUGCUGUGGCUGUAACCUCACCUCUCCGUGGCUGCGUGUGGUCAGCACGCCGGCUGGCGUGGGAGGGCAAGCUGUGUCCCUGGGCUUCCUUCUCUACCCAGUGGUGUCUGUGCUCCCUUCACACGACAGAUGCAGAUGCUGCCACUCUCUGCAGCUGGGGCACGUGGAUGAGGCUGAGACCCAGGCAGAGUGUGGUCUUUGGUCCAAGGGUCUGUGGCGUGCCAGGCUGCGCCAAUGCGGAACGGCCCCGCCUCCGCCCAAUGCAUUGUGGGACCUAAGGGCGCCUGUUGGACACCUAAUCUCGCGAGAGAGCAAGAUCCACCCGGCACACGGCGGUGAGAACGGGGUGGGCCCUCCUCAGCAAGAGUCCCGCCCCCACGGCGGGCAUGGGCCAAUCAUAAUACCUCUCCUUGUUGGCCGCUGGGAUUGGUCUGAGGGUGCACAUGACCGGACUGCGGGACACGUGACCGAGACGCCUGACUUGUACCUCAGUUUCCUUGCCAGUGAAGUGGGUCCAGUGCUGCCCGAAAAAGGUUGCUCUGGGGCUUGCCUGAGACGGGACGCGUGGAAAUGCCCUGCCGAGCGUAAAUGGGGCGAUGGCCUCGCGGGACGGAGCGGCCUGGGAAAGCUCACCGUGGGUCAGGUUGCGGAGCGGAGCCCCAGGGCCUCGGCUGACUUAGUGGGUCCACUGUCCUGGAAACCUUUCUUCUUGAAGGCACCUUCCCUUCACUUCUGCUUCAAGUUCCCAUUCCACAGAGGGACAGAAACUCAAUCUCAGUGCAUCCCGGAUCCCACCCUUCAGUGCUGGGGGUUGUGGCAACCAAGUCAUGUGUGGAUCGCAUGCAGGACACCACGUCCCAUUUAGUUGUCCAGCACAGUUUUAAUUCUGUAGGUGCAGUAUUAAGAGAGGAGGCUGAAGACGCACAUACUUGCUUAAUUUUACCUUCGUUACAUGCUGGGGAUGGCAGCAGCAGCUUGCAGCUGAGUUUUGGUGUUCUUCCUGACGGUGACAGCCGAGCAGGCACUAGGUCCUUGCAAAAUGCGGGACGCUAGGCGGGGUAUUCACCUUGCACAGUGUCCCUUCUCACACCGCCCCUCAGGUUGGGAGUGAUGGUUUAAUGUGUACGGAAUUUCUCUUUGGGAUGA